AUGGAGCUAAUCGAACAAUUUUCACAAGGUCAGCAAAAACGACAACGAUGUGGAAAAGCUGAUAUUAAACUGAGUAUGUAUCGUCCACCACUACCAACUGCCGCUGUGGACCAAUCCCUACCACUCUCAAAAACAAAUACUGAAUUUAUGUGGUUUCAAUUAUUGAUUAAUCUAAAACGUUUGACAACAGGUGGUUCAUCUGAAUUAGCCGAAUUUGCCAGACAACAAUUAAUUGACGUAUGUAAACGACAUUAUCAAGAUAAUCCAGUUCAUUACGUCUUAUUGAUGAAUUUGAAAGAACAUAUUGUCCAACAUCAUCCAUUCGUUGGUAUACACGUGAGUCAUUUAUUUAUCGCCUUCUGA